CGGUGCAUUGUGGGGCGCCCGCUCCGCCGCCGCCGCCGCCACAGCUUGGAACUCGCCAUGUCGAGCUCCCCGGUUAAGCGCCAGAGGAUGGAGUCCACACUGGACCAGCUCAAGCAGUUCACCACUGUGGUGGCCGACACGGGCGACUUCCAUGGUGAGACAGGCGCAGAGCGCGGGGGCACCGCACCUUUGAAUUUCAGGUCACAAGAAGACCAGAUUAAGAAUGCUAGUGAUAAACUUUUUGUGUUGUUUGGAGCAGAAAUACUAAAGAAGAUUCCAGGCCGUGUAUCCACAGAGGUUGAUGCAAGGCUUUCCUUCGAUAAGGAUGCGAUGGUGGCCAGAGCCCGGCGCCUCAUAGAGCUCUACAAAGAAGCUGGAAUCAGCAAGGACAGAAUUCUUAUAAAGCUGUCGUCAACCUGGGAAGGGAUUCAGGCUGGAAAGGAGCUGGAGGAGCAGCACGGUAUCCACUGCAACAUGACACUGCUCUUCUCCUUCGCCCAGGCCGUGGCCUGCGCUGAGGCAGGCGUCACACUCAUCUCCCCCUUUGUGGGGCGAAUCCUUGAUUGGCAUGUGGCAAACACAGACAGGAAGUCCUAUGAGCCCCUGGAAGACCCUGGGGUGAAGAGUGUCACCAAAAUCUAUAACUACUAUAAGAAGUUUGGUUACAAAACCAUCGUCAUGGGUGCCUCCUUCCGCAACACGGGGGAGAUCAAGGCACUGGCUGGCUGUGACUUCCUCACCAUCUCACCCAAGCUCCUGGGAGAGCUGCUCAAGGACAGCACCAAGCUGGCACCUGUACUCUCAGCUAAGGCAGCCCAGGCCAGUGACCUGGAGAAGAUCCACUUGGACGAGAAAGCCUUCCGCUGGCUGCACAAUGAGGACCAGAUGGCUGUGGAGAAGCUCUCCGACGGGAUCCGCAAGUUUGCCGCUGAUUCUGCGAAGCUGGAGCAGGUGCUGAGGGAGCAGAUGUUUGGCACAGAGAAUGGGAAGUAGUGCACACCUAGCUGUGCCCAGCUCCACUGCCUACCGGAGGUCUCACUGUACCUGGCUUGCGAUGAAUCUUUUUUUACCAAUUGGAGCAGGAACGGAUCAUAAAUCUCUGAUUUCAUGUAAAAUCUUGCCCAGUGCAUUAAAGCAGUCCUUUUUCCUGUGCUGUUUCA